CCACAGGCUUGCUCCUCACACUCCCUCCCUGCACUCCAGGCUUUUGCCGUGCAAAUCAACCAUGGCAUGCGUGCUCUGACUCUCGCCUAGCUAGCAGCUAGCUAGCUGCCUUUUAAUUAGUAUAAGCACUCUCCCCCUCCCUCCGUCGCCCCCAUUUCCUUCCUUCCCCUCCUCCCCUAGCUAGAGGACGUACGCGAGCAUUGCAGCAGCCGUGCCGCCCUCCGCCGGCCCGCCAUGAGAAAAGCUACCAUCUUUCUCAUGGCGCUCGCCGCCCUCGCCACGGCCGCUCCCCUGCGAGUGGCGGCAGUGGCAGCGCCGGCGCAUCCCCUCAGGAGAAGCCGCUUCCUCGCCAACGCCGCCAAUUUCCCGCCGCCGGCGUCGUUCUACGACUGCAGCAAGAAGCCGCCGUCCAUCUGCCUAGAGCCCGGGAGCCCCGGCGCGACGUGCUGCAAAGGCACCUGCGUCGACACCGAGCACAGCUUCCAGCACUGCGGCAGCUGCAACAAGACGUGCAAGUACACGCAGACCUGCUGCGAGGGCAAAUGCGUCAACACCUUCACCGACAAGAAGAACUGCGGCAGCUGCGGCGUCAGGUGCAGAACCAGGUGCACCAACGGCUACUGCGACUACGCGGCGUGACCAGACGCGCAUUUAAUCAUGCGAUAUGCAUGAUUUCGAUGGAGAAAUAAAAAUGGCAGUACGUAUAUACGCGUAUAUACUACAUAUAUACGUCUAAGUUUCUAUUGUUAUAAGUUGUUGUUGUGUUGUUCAAAAAAAAGAAACAUUUCCAUUAUUGUUGCUGAUCGAGCUCCUGCUGCUAGCUACGGUAUUUAAUUUGAGCAUACCACCACACCAAUACAUAUAUAGAACAAGGCCGGGUCUCAUGAUUAA